CCGACCGGGAGAGGAUGUUGUGUGGUGAGAGAGAGUACGUGAAAGAGGCAGAAUCCGCAGGCUAGGCAGCAGGCAGGGGCAUUUUUGUCUUGAUUGUAAAUUAUGAAGUAAGCCACCAUGAGCUACCAGGCAUUGUAUACAUACCGUUCCAGUGAGAAGACCACUCUAUGUUUUGAGGAGGGCGAUAAGUUUACACUCCUUGACAGCGGUGAUCCGUACUGGUGGCAAGUAACAGAUGCAAGGGGCCAAGUCGGCUUUGUACCUGCUAACUAUAUUGAACAGCUCAGGGACAAUAAACAAGAUGUGCUGGUUUCCAUCGACAGAGCCAUUGAAUUCAUCCACCUGUCGGCAACGCAGAAAGGAGGAUCUCUCACUCAUGAACAGCGAAAUACAUUACAAAAGUUAGUUGAGCACCGAGAGACAGUGUUUAAACAGCAGCAAAACUCUUCCUCCGAUAGUUCCACAUCCAGCAAAAAGAUCACACGCUCAUCCUCCCGAUCAUCAGGAAAGCACAGAGCCGCCCCUCCCCCACCUAUACGUACAGAAGACACGCCCAAAUCACCAAACACUGUCGCUGCUGCUCGUUCACCAGUCACCAGAACAAAUUCGCAAAUUGCAGAAACUAUUUCAUCACCAGGGAAGGAUGGAAAUCCCGAACCCCAAUCACCAAACACUGUCAGUGCUGCACGCUCACCAGCCACCAAAACAAACUCGCAAGCUGCAAAAACUGUUUCGUCCCCAGCGAAGGAUAGAAGUCGAGACGCGCAAGAACGGCUAAGUCCGAUGAGUUUGGAGGAGAGAUUGUCAUCACCAGCCAAGGUUCAGUCACUGAGCACUGAGUCUGUGCCGAGCAAGCUUGGUGAAGAGCUGGUCGAGCUUGUACGAGUCCGCACAGGGCUGAGUUAUGCCAAAUCAAUGGACGCUUUGAGUGCUGUGUUUUCUCACAUCGUGGAUUCAGUUCCUGCAGUCGGAGAUACUAUGGAGCAGAUUAUGCAGUCAUUACAGGGGAUGUCUAAUUCCUCAGUCUCUAAUGGCAGUCUAUCAAUAGAGGGCGGCAAAGAUAUGGAGCGGUUAAUGGUGAUCUUUUCUGAGCUUACAGACUGUAAGAAUGACUCCCAGCAGAGAAGCUGGGCUCUUCACGAAGACGAAGCUGUCAUCAGCGAAUACCUGGAGGAGUUGUCUUCAAUCCUGAGUGAUGCAAACCCGGAUGUCUGUAAGGCUGUUAUCCAGAGAGACAACUAUGAAGUUAUUAACUCACUAAUCUUGUACUAUCAAAUGGAGCUGCGAACCUCACUCCGUCUCCUCCUACUCAAGGUCUUUGGAGUACUCUGCGGUCUUGAGGCUGUGAUUGCGUCUCAGCUUCUCUAUUCAGUGCUCCUCGUGGAGAUUGCUAGAGAUAUGCAGACUGAUGCACAGUGUAUACAGAAAGUUUGCUUCUCUUCGCUUGUCGCAACCAUGUUACUGUCUAGCGGCCAGCCUCUAAUGUAUACACACUACGAUCAGUUGAAUGAAGACUUUGUCCGUUUCUUGUUGAAUAACAUUGAGGAUCCACCCCCUGAGGACGAGUCUGAGCAGCUACCAGAUCUAUUUGUCAACCUUGUUCUCGCUUUUAAUCUUCAUUUUACAGAGCCCUCAGAAAAUCUGGUAAUGCGAGUCUUGGGCAAAAGGAAAACGUCCAAAACAUUCAGCGAGAAAAUAAUGGUCCUGUUUAACAGAGAAGUUGAUCCAGUGAGAAUGUUUGAGCACGAACCCAAACCUCCCAACUCGUUACUCAAGUUCCUGUGUGAUAUCUUUGCCAAUGCGGACACAUCUUCGCUAUUUUACACCAAUGAUAUGAAUGUUCUAAUUGAUAUCAUAAUCAGACAGUUGACAGAUCGUUGUCCUGGUGAUAAGCAAAGGACGGAGUACCUAGGUGUGAUUCACAGCAUUCUUAGGAUGCCAGUCUACUGGGAGCAAAAACAUAGGCUAGCCGACCUUCGCCGUGUAAUCGAGAAGAUUGCCAAGGAGGAAGAACCAGAGAGUAAACCAGAUAAAGAAAUACUCAUGCAGAUCCGUAAAGAGUGUCAACUCAACUUCACCAUCACAUUCUGAGAACAGACAUAUUUGAUCAAUAGUUGUGUCUGCUUAUCAUCAUAUUAAAUUAUUUUGGGGGUUGAGCAAAGAGAGUUAAGGCCCGGUUACAAAGGCCCCGAUAACGAGAAUGAAAACGAGAACGUUAAAAAUGCACGCCCUCGAUG